ACAAACAUCCUUUUCUGCCUCAACUCCGACUAUUGAGGCCAAGACUUUCGAUGGCGCGUUCAAAAUAACCAGCUUUGAUAUUACUCGGUGACUGGGAUUGGUAUUGCCGCUGGUGUCGAUGCGAUCAUCUGUUGUGAGUCUGGAGCGCAGCUGGGGGGGGCAGCCAGCGAGCCAUUCGAUACUGCCAGUCACCACCAUCUGUUUCGAUGCCCUCUCAUCGUGCAAUGACGGCAUAGCCUCAUGGCCACUUCUCCCGCGGGCUGGCAGUGGUGAUCAUACACCUGGCACACUAUAAAGCAGCGCCUCGCCCCCACCGGUUCGCACCACCAAACGACAUGUCGCACUACGCGCUGCAAGAUGUGCUCCCUGCGACAAACUACCUCGUGCACGACCUCGCGCUGGACGGGCUGAACGCGUCGGUCGACGGCCGGCUGCACUCUGCGCGCCCGUUCGCGUGGUCGUGCUUCAACGGCGGCGCAGACUGCCCCGUCGUCCAGGCGCAGUACACGAACGAGACGUUCCGCGCCGCGGCGUUCGCCGGGUACAUCAACACCCAGUGGGAGACGUGCCAGGCGACCGGCGCGCAGUGUCUGCUCGACUUCGCCAACGCGACGAGCCUCGAGCCCGCGCUCGGCGGCGCGCAGAGCUGUGGCCAGGGCAGUGUGUCGGAGUUCUACAUUGACGUCGCGACGUGGAUGGAUGUGGCCCAUGCGUUUGGCUUCUCGCGACAGAUGGGGAUGCCGCUGGCCGUGAAGAACACCGGGCACGACUACAACGGACGCAGCAGCGCACCCGGCUCGCUCGCUAUCUGGAUGCAUCACCUCAAGAACAUCACGUAUGAGCCUAAUUUCGUCCCCCAAGGCUGUCCGUCGACGCAGGCGUCCCAGAUGGGCGUAACACUUGGGGCCGGUGUGCAAUGGGCCGAGGCGUACGCCUUUGCCGAUGCCCAUAACAUCACGCUCGUAGGCGGAUCCGACCGCUCCGUUGGGGUGGUCGGGGGCUGGACGCAGGGCGGAGGACACAGCGUGCUGAGCAACACGAUGGGUCUCGGCGCUGACCGUGUACUCGAAUACCAAGUCGUCACGCCCGAUGGCCGCCUUAGGACCGUGAAUCAAUGCCAACAUGAGGAUCUGUUCUUUGCGCUCCGCGGCGGCGGCGGGGGAACGUUCGCUGUCGUGAUGUCUGCCACCAUCCUCGCAUCCCCGCCCGUGACGCUUCAGACCCUGAUACUGACCUGGCCGGAAAGCGAUCGGACCCUGACGCGCGAAAUCUGGGCUCUCAUGGUCGAUAAUGCGCUGCACUUGGCGUCCGAUGGAUGGGGCGGCUUCGCGACUGCAAACACCGUGAUCCUAGUCAACCCCGCGCUCGACGCAGCCGCGGCGACUCGCUCCCUGGCGCCGCUGAUCCACUUCGAGCGCACGGGCACGCAGCGCACGGUCACGGCGUUCCCGACGUUCUACUCGUUCUUCGAGUCGUUCACCACCGCCCACGUCGCGAUCGUCGGGCAGCAGCUCGCCCUCGCAUCCCGCCUCGUCCCCACAUCCGCCUUCGCGAGCGCCGCGUCCCGCUCCGCGCUGCUCGCCGCGCUCGUCGCGACGGACGACGCGGCCCCCGGCACGAUCGUCCUCCUCGCGCCGCCGUUCAACGUCCCCGGAUCCGGCACGAGCGCCACGCCGCUCUGGCGCGACAGCGUCUACCACGUGACCGCCGUCGCGGGCUGGGCGUGGAAUGCGACGCGCGAGGAGAAGCGCGCGGCGUAUGACCGCGUCGGCCGCGCGAUGGACCGUAUCCGCGCUGUCACGCCCGGUGGCGGGGCGUAUCUGAACGAGGCGGAUGUCUACGAGCCCGACCACGAAGUCUCGUUCUGGGGCGGGCAUUAUCCCGAGCUCCUGAGGAUCAAGGAGAAAUAUGAUCCUGACCGCCUUCUGGAUUGCUGGCACUGCGUGGGCUCGGAUCCCGAGUCCGACAGGUUUUCGUGUUAUCUUUAGAUUUCUCAACGUUGUUAGAGUGAAAAUUAGCGGUUGUUUCUAGUUCAAUGUUCUAGAUUGAACACUGUCUUUCCACGUAAACCAGUAGACAGAUUGAUCUUCGACAAAGGACCCCCUUAGCUCCGUUCAGUUCACUAAUAAGACAUCACAGUUACUUUCUUGACGAAAUUCGCUUUUUUUGCGAAAAAGUCACCACAAUACUAUGUUGAGCAAACAGCUUUGGUUUUCGUUAUGCAACAGCCUCUGGUCACGAUGGAGCCUCAUCAGAGAUUAGAU